AUGUGGAGUCAGUUAAGUGUUACAGGAGGGGAAAGCCUGAAAGAAAAUAGCCCUGGCAAGGAGACCCCAGAAAAGAAGAUAACUCCACUGAGUUCAGUGACAAAUGACUUCAAGAUUGACAGUUGUUCAUCAAGUAGUGAACUAGCUUCAGGGCUAACUGUGGAGCAUGAUGUUUCCAGUUGUCCCCUGAGCUGUUCAGACACAGACUCAUAUACAAAGAGUACCGAAGAGAGUAGAAGUAGCUUCUCAUCACCUGAAAUCUUCAGAGGAUCAGACUGUUUGGAUUGGGAGCAUCCCAAGUUGGAAGAUUACAAGACCUGCAAGAAUUCCACUCUUCUAGACACCAGUAAAGCAGUAGCUGUAGAAAAGGUACCACAGCUUGCAAACCUCUCAGCAAUUUUGAGUUCUUCUUCAGAAAACUAUGAGGAAUACCAUAGAAAAAUAGGGAUGACAUUAGAAGCCCCACAUAUUUCUCCUGAACCAAAGUAUACUUCAAAUUUAACAUCAGUGUUGGAAAAUGCAGUGUCUGGGGUUAUAUUUGCUGAGAAAACUGGCCCUCCAACCAUCAAAAAAACAAAGAAAAAACCUGAAAAAGAAUCUGAAGAUAGAGGUCUACAAGUUCAAAUGAAGUUAAGCUCUGGCCAUCUCGACAACAAGGCUGCAUUCCCCCAUCAUAGUUCAGCUCUUGAAAGUAUUGCAGUCAGGGAUGCUCUGCUGCCUCAAUCCCUGGAACCUUUGUCAAAAAAAAGUUCUACUCCUCCUGAUAAGCGAAGCAAAGCCCUGUUAACGAGUACACCAUCUUCUGACACAGCUGACUUUGUGAUUGAUUUGUCUCCAGUGCAAAAUGUAUCUUUUGAAGAACUAUUUCCAAAUGUCAGCAAUUAUGUUAACUCAAGUGAAGUUGUUCCUGUGUCAAGUUGGCAAGAAAGUUCUUCAAGUGAGUUUCCUUCAUAUGCAUCUGAGAUCUGUUGUAUUAUUCGGGCAUCACCAGGAACUAGACAGAUGAGAAGUAAAGAUACUGCUGUGAAGAAAAAGUGUUCUCCUCCUCAAGAUGUUACUCCAGAUAUUAUAAUGAAGACAAAUGGCAGAACAUAA